AUGGCUUCGUCGAUGCUCUAUGGAGGUCAGCAUCUUACAUUAACCCCGAAAGGGUUAGGGUUUAAUGGGUCAGAUUUGCAUGCGUGUCUGUACCAAGGCCAGCUUCACAGCCUAGAUAUGCGAGACGAUGCACUCGAACCGGCUGAUCUUAAUAACCGCGAUUCAAUAGUGGUGGAUGUUGGUGGAGGCACUGGGUUCACUACUUUAGGUAUUGUAAAACAUGUCGAUGCUAAAAAUGUUACCAUUUUGGAUCAAUCGCCUCAUCAGCUUGCAAAAGCUAAAGAGAAGGAGCCUUUGAAGGAAUGCAAGAUCAUUGAAGGAGAUGCUGAAGAUCUUCCUUUCGAAACUGAUUAUGCCGAUAGAUAUGUGUCAGCCGGAAGCAUUGAGUACUGGCCGGACCCACAACGAGGCAUCAAAGAAGCAUACAGGGUUUUAAAGAUGGGAGGGAAAGCUUGUUUAAUCGGACCUGUUUAUCCAACAUUUUGGUUGUCUCGUUUCUUUGCAGACAUGUGGAUGCUCUUUCCUAAAGAGGAAGAGUACAUGGAGUGGUUUGAAAAGGCGGGAUUCAAAGAUGUUGAGAUUAAAAGGAUUGGCCCAAAAUGGUAUCGUGGGGUCCGCCGACAUGGUCUCAUCAUGGGAUGCUCUGUGACAGGUGUCAAACCCACAUCAGGGGACUCUCCUUUGCAGCUUGGACCAAAGGUAGAGGACAUAGAGAAGCCUGUAAAUCCAUUUGUGUUCUUUUUACGUUUCCUUCUUGGGGCAACAGCUGGAGUGUACUAUGUUUUGGUUCCUGUUUACAUGUGGAUCAAGGACCAGAUUGUGCCAAAAGGUCAACCAAUAUAAGAAACUGUUUUUAGUUUGUGUGGAAUGUUGUUUUGUUUGAACUGCAAUCUGUAAACUUUCUAGAGUUGAGAUUAUCAAGCAUUUGUUUUAUGAAAAGAGAAUCUAG